AUGGUAAAAAAUGGCUACCUCUUCUUUAUAAGUAUUUUUUUGUUAAAUAUACAUUUAAUAAAAUGCACACCUGAUCAUUUUAAUGAAGAUACAAAUAAGAAUCAUUGUGAAGUGUGUAAUAAUAAAAAAAGAUAUACAAGUAACAAUGGUGGUAUUUUAAAUAAUAUAUUAAAUAAAAUUGGAUAUAGUAAAGACUUAUAUAAGAAAAAUACAAAUGAAUCGUUAAAUCCUAUAGAAAGUUAUGAUGAACAAAUACGUAAUGAAAUUAAUGAUGAAAAAUUAAAAGAGAAUAAUUAUAAUGAUAUAGGAAAACAAGAAAAAAAUGAAGAAAUGAAUAAUGAUAUCAAAAAAUACUUUUUAAAUUUUAAAAAAAAAGAAGAUAAGAAAUUCUAUACUUUAAAAUUAAAUGAAUUUAAUUUCAGAUGGAGUAUUCCUUUUUAUAUUGGAUCAAAUAAAACCAAAAUAGAAUUAGGUAUAAUAACAUCCAGUCCAAUAACAGCAUUUUAUUGCUCUGAUAGUUUUAAAGAAAAAGAUGAUUUAAAAAAAUUAAAAUACAAAAUAGAGGAAUCAGAAGAUUUCAGGUAUGUUCAAUGUAGAAGUAAAAAUUGUGAACAUAUUUUAAGUAACCAAUGUUUUCCAAUAGAAAAUUACUUAAAAAUGUUACAUGAUUAUAAUAUAAAAAAAAAAAAUUGCAAAAAACGAUUUUGUGAUUAUAUAAAUAAUAUGAAUUUUUUAAAUAUGAAUGAUAAAUUAAAUGAUAGGAAUUUAUCAGUUUGCUCACUUAAUUCAACAGUAGAUGAUGAUCAAAUAAAAGGCUUUUAUUUUAGAGAUUCUUUUUAUAUUUAUAAUACUGCUAAAUAUUUUUACAAUUUUUUUGGUUGUAUAACAGAAAGUGAUUACUUAAAAUUUAAUGAAGUAUUAUCAGGUUUUAUUGGAUUAGGAAAUUAUAGUGAAAAUAACAAUAAAAAAUAUCCAAGUAUUUUAAAUUCUUUUAUUCAAAGAUCAAUAUCUAAAAAAAAUAUCUUUGCGUUGUGUUUUGUUGAGAAAAGUGGUCUUAUUUCAUUUGGUGGUUAUGAAAAAAGUAUUCUCAAAAAGAAGGCACAAAUGAAAGAAUUAGAAAUUAAUAGAAGAAAAAUAAUUAGAGAUAGAGAAGAAGAAUUGGUACCUGAAGAUAUUCAAGAGUAUGAAAUACUGUGGUUACAUUAUUCUAAUCCCAACAAAGAUAUAUAUAACCUUUUUUUAAGAGAAGCUAAUAUUAAAUCUAAAUCAAAAAACUUAAUCAAUAUAAUUAAGAAAGAUGCUAUUGUUGAUUCAUACAAUUAUUUCUUGUCUCUUCCAGCAGAUAUUACUGCAAAAAUAAAAACAUUUGUUUAUAACAAAUGCUCUGAUCAAACAAAUGAAUGUUCCAAUUUAAUUGAAAAUGGAACAUUUAAAUUAAAAAAUAAAAAUUUAAAAGAUUUUCCUAAUAUAGAAUUAGUUUUUAAUGAAGGAUCUUUAAUUAUUGAGCCAAAUGAUUAUAUAAUACAUGAAGGUGAUGAUAUUUAUAGAGUUUUAAUAAAUUCUUCAGGUGUGUUAAAAUUAGGAAUUCCCUUUUUUUUAAAUAAAUACUUAAUAUUCGAUAAUGAAAAUAAAAAAUUAGGAAUAAGUAGAUCUAACUGUAAUUUCGAAGUUGAUAAAGAAAAAAUGAUUGGUAUAGACACGAAUUUAUCUAAUUUAGAUGCUCAUAAAUCAGAAGAUUACGAUAUAAUAAAUCAAGGAUUUUUUCAGAAGAAUAAAAUAGUAAUAAUUACCAUUUUUAUUUUAUGUUUAGCAGGAUCUUUAAUUGGAAGCAUUUUUUAUUUUUGUUGA